AUGUCGUCUUCAUCAGCUUGCACAUCUUCCUUUGGACAAGUAUGUGCCCAUUCAGUGGGCUUCUACUCAACAUCAUCCACCUCCUCUCCGUUUAAUGGCUCCGUUGUUGAUGAAAUGGGAUUCCUCAAGUCGGCACUCCGCGCUGGUGGCCCUUAUCUUUGCUCACUACCGGCUCAUACGGUUGACCCUGUUCUUCAUUAUGGCGCUGCCACUACGCAUCAGAUCGAAGGAUACGCAGCACAAGUCCUGUGUGAUCUUCAGCUGCAGUAUCAGGGCAUUCGGCUUGUGGGAAGACACUCCAAGGUCGACCCUGAACCUCAACAAGUCACAACCGUGCUUGUCAGAAUACCAAACCAACCGCAGCCAGAAUUGUGGCUGCGAGCUGCAAAGGAUGUCCACCAACUGCUACAACGCCACCAUUAUGAUAGAAUCUCGGUUGAGCUUAUUGAAACGGAUAUGUUCAAUGGAAUCUAUUGUUUGCCUGUUGAGUCGAGCCACUCUAUCGUCCCUAAGUGGGAGAAUAUUGUGCAUCAGAUCAUGACCCGUUAUCCCAACAAAGAUGAGUGGGUUGGCUUGGACUGUUUCCGGCAUGGAACAAGCACCAAUUGGAGUUCCAAUCCAGUGACAGUAAUCAUCCGUGUCUCUAAAACGAGCGAAAAAUCAUUCGAUGCCGAUGCACGAGAUGUUCACGAUAUUCUUGCAGAAUUUGGCGAAGCAGGGGUUGAUGUUUUGUUCAUGAAGGAUGCGACCCAACCCUAUGUUCGCGCCGUUCCAUUUGAAGCUACCACUGGAUCAGUGUACCCCGGCGUGAGCAUUGGGAUUCAUCAAAGCUCAGCAGCCUGUUCCACAUUGGGUGGUUUCGUGCAACUCAGGUUCAAAGAUCAGACGGAUUGGAAUACAUAUGCAGUUACCUGCUUCCACUGCGUCUACUCACCAGAGGUGCAUCACGGAGAUCACCGAAUCGACCAUCCAGCACCCCAAGAUCUGAGGACCACGAUUGCAUCACUAAAUCAGUCCAUUGAAGAUUUGAAGGACGAUUAUUUCUAUACCUCGAAGGCUGAGAUUGACAAGGGGAAAGAUGGAUGGCUAUCAGAUUCUGCCAGACAUGGGUAUGAGGCCACGCUGAAAUGGAUUCGACGAUUGAAAAGGAACGGGACGCAUGUACAAAAAUGCUUAACAAUGGAGCAUACUACCUCGGCCAUGUCUUUGCCGGAAGUGGCAUGA